AUAAUUUUCAAUUAUUUUACCUUAAUUUCUUUUCACCUGAAACAGGAAAUCAGUGCAGCUAAUUAUUUAACUCUCCAAGCCUCACACUUCGGAACAGACAAGAUCACCCAUAUCAACAUACCUGGAUGGAAAUCAGAUGGCAAUGGCAGCAAGACGUGCAAUGUGUUCCUAAAAGUAGAAGAUGUGAACUGCAUUAAUUUACACUGGAUUAAUGGUUUGCUGAAAUAUAUCCACGCUGUAAGCAAUGUCCGUGCUGUUGGUGCUGAGAUAGCUUAUUGUAUUGAUGUUCUUUUGUUCUGUUUUCCUUUGAAAAAAUCCUAUCGGAAAAAAUUUGGAUAUUCGCCUUCUAAAGUGCACUUGAUUGGCCGCAGCUUGGGAGCUCAUCUGGCUGGGGAAGCUGGGUCAAGGACGCCAGGCCUUGGAAGGAUAACUGGGUUGGACCCAGCUGGGCCAGGUUUCCACAGCACUCCAAAUGAAGUCAGACUGGACCCCUCAGAUGCCAACUCUGUUGAUGUUAUUCAUACAAAUGAAGUUCGCUUCCUCUUCGAGCUUGGUGUUGGAACUAUUAAUGCUUGUGGCCACCUUGACUUUUACCCAAAUGGAGGGAAGCACAUGCCAAGAUGUGAAGAUUUAAUUACACCUUUAUUUAAAUUUGAUCUCAAUAUUUACAAGGAAGAGAUGUUUUCCUUCUUUGAUUGCAACCAUGCCCGAAGUCAUCGCUUUUAUGCUGAAAGCAUUCUCAAUCCCGAUGCAUUUAUUGCUUAUCCUUGUAGAUCCUACAAAUCUUUCAAAGCAGGAAAUUGCUUCCGUUGUCACAAGGAAGGUUGCCCAAUGAUGGGUCAUUUUGCUGAUAGAUUUCACCUCAAAAAAAUGAAGCCUAAUAGAUCGUAUUAUGUUUUAAACACAGGGACUCUUUCCCCAUUUUCCCGUUGGAGGCACAAAUUGUCUGUCAAACUUGAUGGAAACCAUGUCACUCAAGGAAGCAUGUUUCUCCAUGUAGGUGGAACAACAGAGAAGACAGGGGAGUUUGGGGUUGUCAGUGGAACACUGAAGCCAGGCAUGACUUAUACAAAUUUAAUUGAUGCAGACAUUAACAUUGGAAACACUGCAAAUAUUGAGUUCAUUUGGAAGGAGCUUUCAUUUGAACAUUCUCAGAAUAAGCUGGGAGCAGAAAUGGUGAUAGAUAUAUCUGGAAAAUAUGGAUAUGAAUCUGCCUUCUGUAGCUAGAACUUUGUAGGACCUAAUAUUGCCCAGAUCCUGAAACCAUGCUAAUUCCAGAUAUAAUCUCAAUGGAUUUACUUAAUGGGAGCAAUGGAAAAAUUAAGCUGGUAUCCAGACCAAGCUUGGCCCUUGUAAACGAGAUAGAAAUGUAUAGUUGCCUUUUUUCUAUAUAGAAUAUUUUUCUUAUUGACAAGCUUUUAUAUGUCCCUUAAAACCAGACUGAGCCCUGGGAUUCUGGGUUAUCAGUGACAAAAUAGAGCUGAGUUAGUAUUUCCCUGAAUAAGAGGAGUUGUUACAAGUAGGUGGUGUAAACUCAUCAGAAAAUGAGCCUCUGUCUGGUUGAGUGUUUGAAGUACAUUUAGAGUAUUUCCAGGUGGAAUAAUCCUUGUUCUAAAAUGAUUUGAAGAAUAUUUACUAUGUUGUUAAAUCUCACUAAGACAAAUUAUGUCUAUAGUUCAUGAUGUAUAGUAGAUGAUAACCCUGUGGGUUGAUACAUCUAUCGAUUAAUAAUAAAAACUAAUGAGAGCGCGUUAGUGUUUGCAAGGUGUUCCUUGGUCUUCAGGGAGUGUGUGAGGUAAGAGAUUUUGGAGCUUAUCUAUGAUGUAUGUCUCAGUUAGUAAUGGGCCCUGAGGAUCAUCAGCCCCUCCUUCUAGAAGCCCCCACCACAGAAUUACUCAUCUCCCUGGGCCUUGAAGGUCCCAUUGCAAAUUUUUAUUUAACCUGAAAGCAGCAUUUCAUUUCUAAAGCCCUUGACUAAUCCUUUGUGUUUAUAAUAACAAUAUUGUAAUAUUUAAAUGUGUCAUUUGUGUUUUUUCUUUUAUUUUGCUUCAAUUUCGUCUAAUUCAGUUGUCCUCAUCCAGUGAAAAUAA